CGCGGCCAGCUCCCUCGGCACCGUACUCGACCGCGUCACACGCCAGCUCAGCAGCCUCGUCCACCUCGACUCGCCGGAUAGCCAUGUCGGCCGCCCUCGCAGCUGGGCUCGCGACCGCCGCCUUGUCCUUGUCCAAGUCGCCACUCGAUCCACUCGCGUGCGAGGAGCAGGCACCUGCACCGCCCAAGGAUGGCCGUCCCUCGUUCACUCCCGUCAACUCGAUCGACCUCGAAGACGCGUCUAUCCCGAUGCGCCUGCGCAUGAUCCACCACGUCAAGUCGCUCCAGUCGACCAUCUGCACCGCGCUCGAGUCGCUCGAGCCGUCGGGCAAGAAGUUCAAGUCGUCGUACUACCUGCGCGACGCGGCAAAGGGCUUUGGCGACUCGCGCGUGCUCCAGGACGGCGACACGUUCGAGAAGGCCGGGUGCAACAUCUCGGUCAUCAAGUCGACCCUGUCGCCGGCGGCCGUGCGCCAGAUGCGCGCCGAGCGCUUCGACUGGUGGGACGGCAAGAGCGAGCUGCCGUACUUUGUCGCCGGCUGCUCGCUCGUCGUGCACCCGCGCAACCCGCACGCCCCGACCGUCCACUUCAACUACCGGUACUUUGAGAUCCAGGACCCGGCCGACCCUAACGGCGAGCCCAAGGCGUGGUGGUUCGGCGGCGGGACCGACCUCACGCCGUCGUACCUGUACCCGGACGACGUGCGCCACUUCCACGGCCAGUACAAGGAGGCGUGCGACGCGCACGACCCGGCCUACUACCCGCGCUUCAAGCAGUGGUGCGACGACUACUUCCGGAUCCCGCACCGCGGCGAGACGCGCGGCGUCGGCGGCAUCUUUUUCGACGACCUGUCGGACCGCGACCCCGAGACCAUCUUUCGCUUUGUGCGCGACUGCGGCAACAAGUACUUGCCGGCCUAUUACCCGCUCGUCGAACGCCGCAAGGACCAGGCCUUCUCGGACGCCGAGAAGCGGUGGCAGCAACUGCGCCGCGGUCGCUACGUCGAGUUCAACCUCGUGUACGACCGAGGGACCAAGUUUGGACUCGCCAUGAAGGAGCCGAGGACCGAGAGCAUCCUCAUGAGCUUGCCGCUCACCUCGCGGUGGGAGUACGAGCCCGAGCUCGGCACGGCCGAGGGCUCGCCCGAGAAGGAGCUCCUCGACGUCCUCAAGCAGCCGCGCGAGUGGGCCUGAGCGGGCUUUUUUUCGGGCGAGCGAGCCUCUGCGCAGACUCUUUGUCUAUCACUCGCCCGGCACGCACUGCAAAGAUACCUCGCCGUCCCC